ACUUUGUCGACUAUAUUCUGUGGUCAAAAUAAAUCCUGUACAAAAUUACUCAUACAAAUCAAUUUCUAAUUUCUUUGGAUAGAAUUAGGACGAUGAUUAAACUUUUUUCAUUAAAACAACAAAAAAAAGAUGAAGAAGGCUCGGCUCGGGCAGGGGGUUCACAAAAAAAAGCAUCAGCAGCGCAAUUGCGGAUCACAAAAGAUUUAAAUGAGUUGAAUCUUCCUAAAACAUGUAGCACAGAGUUCCCAGAUCCAGAUGAUUUACUUAAUUUCAAAUUAAUCAUAUGCCCAGAUGAAGGCUUUUAUAAAGGAGGAAGAUUUGUAUUUAGUUUUAAGGUAGGACCAAACUAUCCACAUGAACCGCCCAAAGUGAAAUGUGAAACAGCUGUGUACCACCCUAAUAUAGACUUGGAAGGCAAUGUGUGCCUAAAUAUAUUACGAGAAGACUGGAAACCAGUGCUCACAGUCAACUCUAUAGUUUAUGGAUUGCAGUAUUUAUUCUUGGAACCAAACCCUGAAGACCCACUAAACAAAGAAGCUGCCGACGAACUCCAAAGCAACCGACGACUGUUCGAACAGCACGUACAAAGGGCGAUGCGAGGCGGCUACGUCGGCUCCUCCUACUUCGAACGCUGCCUCAAAUGAUCACACGCUAUUGUAAAUUAAUUCUCCCAAUUCUAUAUAAAUAAAUUAAUAAAUCUCAAUUCAUUUUAUAUACUA